CGUCCCCCUCAGGUUUUUUCUAUUUAACAGUCCUUUAGCAGAAAGGAAAAACGAAAAACAAGAAAGAUAAAAUUGCAUGCCUCUUUUGUUCAGAAGCAAAGAGUUCUCAGACAGAGUCAGAUCCUUAAAAGCCAUAGACACAUCUACACCUGAUCCGAAUAUAGACAAAUUCAUCAAUAGCGCAUGGAUUUGGCAAUGACAACAAGAUUUCAGGAAAUUGAAGAACAUAAGGAUAUUCUGGGUUAUUUUCAUUCUGUGUUAUUCUUAUUCUGAUCUUCAACAUGUGUAAUUCUUAACAGAUUUUAAAUAGAAAUGUCAUCAUUUCCGAGUCCACCACCCAGCUCAAAUAAUGAAGCUGCGACAGCUGCGUCCGUCAUAGUGAGCUUAGUAGUGCUUGCAAUAAUUGGUGUUAUCUCUUACAAAUGUGCAAAGAAAACAAGGAGAGCGAUUGUUCAGGAUUUGCGAACAGCUGUUGCUGCAUCAAACAACACGCCCCAACACCAUGUGAUUCCUGUUUGGGUGGUUACUGCUCCCGCCAUGGAGAAUUUCCUCCAGGAAAUGGCAAAGGAGAAGCCUGUCAGAUUCACCGCACAGCAGCUAUUUUCUUUCACAAAUAAUUACUCAACUAGAUUGGGUUCUGGAGGUUUUGGGUCAGUCUACAAGGGUCAGUUCCCAAAUGGAGUGAUGAUUGCAGUAAAGGUUCUUAAGUGGAGUGCAGACAGAAGAGCUGAAGAUGAGCAAUUCAUGGCAGAAAUCCGCACAAUAGGAAGAACUUACCAUAUAAAUCUUGUUAGACUUUAUGGUUUUUGCCAUGAUCAAUACAUGAGCGCACUUGUGUACGAGUACCUGGAAAAUGGAUCCCUGGAUCAGUACUUAUUCAAAGAUGAAAAAGAAAUCGAAUGGGAGAAGUUACUUGAAAUCGCCAUAGGGACAGCCAGGGGUUUAGCAUAUUUACAUGAAGAAUGCGGGCAAAGAAUAAUUCAUUAUGACAUAAAGCCUGGAAAUAUUCUCCUGGACAGAAACUUCGUUCCAAAAUUGGGUGAUUUCGGACUUGCAAAACUUUGCAACAGAGACAGCACACAUGUAACACUUACAGGAUAUAGGGGAACCCCUGGCUAUUCAGCACCAGAAUUUCUGUUAAAGAAUCACCCAAUAACAUAUAAAUGUGAUGUUUAUAGCUUUGGGAUGGUGUUGUUUGAGAUAAUCGGUAGGCGAAAAAAUGCAAUUGUUGGUUCUUCCGCUUCUGAUGAUAGCCUUAAUUGGUUUCCGAAACAUGUUUGGGAAAAAUAUGAGAAAGAUGAACUGGCUACAAUGACAGCAGCUCGUGGGAUUGAAGAGAAAGACCAAGAGAAAGCAGAGAGAAUGAGUAAGGUGGCAUUGUGGUGUGUUCAAGAUUCACCACCGGCAAGGCCACCAAUGAGUGCAGUGGUCAAGAUGUUGGAGGGAGAAGUGGAGGUUGUGCCACCUCCAAAGCCAUUUCAGUAUUUGUUUUCAGUAGGAAUGGCUCAACUUCAGCCAAUAGAAUCCGCAGAAGAUUCAAGUUAUACGACAACGGAAGAAAGUCAGUCUCGGUGGUACAAGGAGAACACUCCAAUCAUGGCCAAGUAUGAAAUACAGAUGGCUAGUUCUGCAUAAUAACUAAGCCAUUGGUGCAGGACAAAGCUGAUCCUAUUAUUUUAAAGCUCUUAUUUAAGAAAAAAAUGUGUUAUUGAAAUGAUAAUUCUGUUGAGGCUAAAUCAAUUUAGAUAACUUGUUUUCGGUUAUUCCCAUUGAAAGUUAUUCUUAUUCUGAUCUUCAACACUUGUAAUUUUUAACAGAUUUUAACUAGAAAUGGCAUCAUAUCUCAGUCCA